GAACUCAUUACAUGCCAAGUUGUAGCGUUUCAUUACUGUCGGCAGCACUCGUCCAAGGAACAUUCUGUUUAUUUUUUGCUUAGAAUUUGUCAGUAAUUGUGAAAUAUGGGUUGCGGUGGAUCCAAAGCAGAUACUGCGUCCGAGCUUGCAAAAGCUGGUCCCAACUAUCCUGAUCUAUCAAAGCAUAACAACUGGAUGUCUAAAUGCAUGACACCUGCCAUCUAUGCAAAGUUGAAAGAUCUCAAGACAGAAUCUGGAUUUACUUUAGACAAGUUGAUUCAAACUGGUGUGGACAAUCCUGGUCAUCCAUUUAUCAUGACUGUUGGGUGUGUAGCAGGUGAUGAAGAAAGCUACAAGACAUUUGCUGAUUUACUUGACCCAGUCAUCGAUGGUCGUUUCAAUGGUUAUGGGAAAGAUGCUAAGCACAAAACUGAUCUCAAUCCUGAUCAUUUGUGUGGUGGAGAUGAUUUGGAUCCCAAUUAUGUUUUGUCUUCAAGAGUGCGUACUGGGCGUAGUAUCCGUGGAUAUGCUUUACCUCCACAAUGCUCACGUGCAGAGAGACGAGAUGUGGAGAAGAUCUGUGUAGAUGCACUAGGUAAACUUGAUGGUUCACUGAAAGGUAAAUACUUUCCUCUCAAUAGUAUGUCAGAUGAAGAACAAGAAAAGCUGAUUGAAGAACACUUUUUGUUUGAUAAACCAGUAUCUCCUUUACUCCUUGCAUCAAGAAUGGCACGUGAUUGGCCUGAUGCACGUGGUAUCUUUCACAAUGACGAAAAGAAUUUCCUUGUAUGGAUCAAUGAAGAAGACCACACUCGUGUCAUUUCCAUGGAAAAGGGUGGUAACAUGAAAGCAGUUUUCACUCGCUUCUGUGAUGGGCUCAACAAAGUGGAGGCUUCAAUCAAGGAGAAGGGAUACGAGUUCAUGUGGAAUCCUCAUCUUGGCUAUGUGCUUACCUGCCCAUCCAACUUGGGUACUGGUCUUCGUGCUGGUGUACAUGUCAAGCUGCCCAACCUCUGCAAGCAUAAAAAGUUUGAUGAUAUUCUGUUGAAGCUUCGUUUACAAAAACGUGGUACUGGUGGUGUUGAUACUGAGUCAACUGAUGGUAUCUUUGAUAUGUCUAACCUUGAUCGUUUAGGAAAAUCUGAAGUCCAACUAGUACAGCUUGUUGUUGAUGGUAUCAAAUUACUUGUUGAAAUGGAAAAGAAGUUAGAGAAAGGUGAAGCAAUAGAUGAUCUUGUUCCUGGUGCCAAACGUGAUCCUGAUCUUGCUGGUUACCCAGAUUUAUCUAAGCACAACAAUCAUAUGGCUAAUUGCCUGACACCUCAGAUAUACAAGAAGCUGAAAGAUCUGAAAACACCUAGUGGAUUUACUUUGGAGCAGGUUAUUCGUACUGGAGUUGAGAACCCCGGUCAUCCAUUCAUUAUGACUGUUGGGUGUGUUGCCGGUGAUGAAGAGAGUUAUGAGGUGUUUGCUGACCUUUUCGAUCCAAUUAUAGAUAGUCGCCACAACGGGUAUGGAAAAGAUGCCAAACAUAAAACCGAUCUAAAUGCAGAAAACCUCAAGGGUGAGGCCUUUGAUGAAGCAUACGUGUUGUCUUGUCGUGUACGUACUGGUCGUAGUAUAAGAGGAUACAGUCUACCACCCCAUUGCACUAAAGAAGAGAGAAAGGAAGUAGAGAAGAUCACAACCGAAGCUUUGGCCAAGUUAGAUGGUGCAUACAAAGGCACUUAUUAUCCAUUAGAGGGUAUGACUUCUGAAACACAAGACAAACUGAUUGAAGACCACUUUUUGUUCGAUAAACCAGUCUCACCUUUGCUAACUGCAUCAAAUAUGGAUCGUGAUUGGCCUGAUGCACGUGGUAUCUUUCACAAUGACGAGAAAAACUUUCUACUUUGGGUCAAUGAGGAAGACCACACACGUGUCAUUUCCAUGCAAAGUAAUGGAAACAUGAAAGAAGUCUUCACUCGUUUCUGUGAGGGUCUAAACAAAGUAGAAGCAGCCAUUAAAGAUCAAGGCAAAGAAUUCAUGUGGAAUGAACACUUAGGUUUUGUAUUGACCUGUCCUUCUAACCUUGGUACAGGUCUGCGUGCAGGUGUUCAUGUCAAAUUACCGAAACUUAGCAAACAUGAGCAGUUUGACACCAUAUUGGAUGCAUUGCGCCUUCAGAAGCGCGGUACUGGUGGUGUAGAUACUGCUUCUACUGAUGGUACCUUUGACAUCUCAAACUCUGAUCGUCUUGGUUACUCUGAGGUAGAAUUGGUACAGAUGGUUGUUGAUGGUGUCAAUCUAUUGGUUGCAAUGGAGAAGAAACUUGAGAAAGAUGAAUCUAUUGAUGAGCUCCUGCCAGAAGCUGCAAAACCCAAGAAGAAAGUAGAGGUCUUCAGUAGUAACUUCCCAGAUCUCUCCAAGCAUAAUAACUUCAUGUCCAAGUGUCUGACUGAGGAAAUGUACAACUCCCUGAAAGAUAAGAAGACUAGUUCCGGUUUUACAUUGGACGACUGCAUUCAAACUGGUGUGGACAACCCUGGUCAUCCAUUCAUUAUGACUGUGGGCUGUGUUGCAGGUGAUGAAGAAAGUUAUGAUGUGUUUGCUGAUUUCUUUGACCCAAUCAUUGAUGCCCGACAUGGUGGUUAUGGAAAAGAUGCUAAACACAAGACUGAUCUGAAUCCUGACAAUCUCAAAGGUGAUGGUGUCUUUGAUGAAGCAUUCGUUUUGUCGACUCGUGUCCGCACUGGUCGUUGCAUUAGAGGUUAUCCUUUGCCACCCCAUAAUAACAGGGCAGAGCGCAGAGCUGUUGAAAAGUUGGUUACCACUGCAUUAGCAACCCUGGAUGGUCCACUCAAGGGAAAAUAUUAUCCUUUGAAUAACAUGUCUGUCAAAGAUCAAGAAAAGCUUAUUGAAGAUCACUUUUUGUUUGAUAAACCAGUAUCUCCUCUUCUUCUAUCCUCAAAUAUGGCACGUGAUUGGCCUGAUGCACGUGGUAUCUGGCACAACAAUAACAAGAACUUUCUUGUCUGGGUCAAUGAAGAAGACCACACUCGUGUCAUUUCAAUGGAAACUGGUGGAAAUAUGCGUAGUGUGUUUACUCGAUUCUGUGAAGGCCUCCAAAAAGUGGAAACUUCCAUAAAGAAAUCUGGUAAAGAAUUCAUGUGGAAUGAGCAUUUGGGCUACGUGCUGACUUGCCCAUCUAACUUGGGUACGGGUCUUCGUGCAGGGGUACAUGUUAAACUGGAAAAUCUGUGCAAGCAUGAGAAGUUCAAUGACAUGCUGGAUAACCUCCGUCUACAGAAACGUGGCACUGGUGGUGUUGAUACAGCUUCUACCAAUGGUAUCUUUGAUGUUUCAAAUGCAGAUCGUCUUGGCUACUCUGAAGUUGAACUAGUACAAAUGGUCCUCAACGGGGUCAAUCUAUUGAUAAAGAUGGAGAAGAAGCUGAUUGCUGGUGAAGCCAUUGAUGAUUUGAUUCCAACAGAGAAGAUAAAGAAUGCAGAUGAUGUUAAACUAGAAGAUGAACCUGCAGCUACAGAGGCACCAGCAACAGAGCAGGCUGCUGAAUAAAAGAUUUUUUUUCUUUAACUGUUGCUGAUCAGUAUUGAGUCACCAAUUUGAAAGCAUGUAACAUCUGUAUGUUGUGGUCAGUCUAAACAUGAAUAAAUAGAAUGUACAUAUUGUAAUUAUAAUUAUGAAUGUUUAGUUUUAAUUAAUUUAAGGACUAACAUUGAUGCCAUUUUCAUCAAAAAGAUUUAUUACACUUAGCAUAGAUUGUGUGGUGCUAUAUUUAACUCAUUGCCAAUUCUUCAGAAGUGUGUAUGUUCAGUUGUUUGGUUCAUCCUUUUAUGUACUUUUAAAACCAUAGAUUUUGUGGUGCUAUAUUUCUAUUCUUGAAAGUAAUUUACACCAGUUAAAGAAUAAAUGCUUACAGUAUCUAAUACUUCUAGAAUCUAGCCAUGACAUUAUAGCGACUGCCAUUUAUUUUAAGAUUGCAGUUUUUUGCAUUUCCUUUUUUCAUUCUUUUGAAAAAAAUGAUAAAAACACCUCACUUUUUGGAUUUUGCCAAAGUGUAGUAACUUGUGUAAGUUCUAGAGAUUAAAUAUAUUGUAUUAUGUAAAUAAUGUACCUACAUAGAGUUUAGUAUCUUGAGAGUACUAUUAUUCAGUUUGAAAAUCUAAAAGGAUAAGGCUUUCCAAGUACUAAAAAGGCGUUGUGCAUAGUUGACUUAAAUUUUACCAAAUAAAUUGUACAUAAUUUGACAGCAAACUUGUUUUGAAAAGAUAUUUUCUAUUCAUUGCUUCUUUAAAGCUCUAUGAUUGUAUUGCCAUCAAAUCAUAAACAUGUCAAGAAAAAACAGUUCUAUGGCAUUGGUGUGACAAAACAAAGAAAACACACUAAAUUCUUACGAUUGUCAAAGUUAUUUGAAUUUCAUCAAGUAAGUUGUAAAUCCAUUUCCUAACAAGUUUGUUUGCAAAUCUUGCAUACCCUAAUUUUUUGAGGUUUGUAAAAGUAAUUUUUGUGGUUUGAAAAUUUGUUUUUACAUGUACUAUGCUUUCUUAAGCCAUUUCAACAUUAGCCAGCAUUAUCAACUUUGACUUUUUUUAAAUGUUUAUAAACAUUGUUGAACAGUCUGUCUAUAGCAGACUAAUUCAUAAAUUCAGAAUAAUUUUUGAACCCAACAAUUAGAGUGGUGAAAGUGUUGAGGUGGAUUACACAUGUCAUAAGUAGGUAAUGACUUUACAAUUUGUACUGAUUUGGUCAUUUGACCUAGGUUACAUUUCAAGAAAUGUACUUUUUCUACCACAUGCAAAAUGCAUGUUUUGUUCAGGAGAGUUUAUACAGGGACGUUAUUUACCUCCCUAGUUUAUAUUUGAACAAAUCUGUAAUUAUGUCUGAAUACAUUUUUACUACACUCACAACUUGUGUACAGCCAACCAAUCAUUAGUACGCUGUAAGUCUGUAAUAUAAAACAUCCUAACUGCUUAAUGCGACUGUUCAAUUAUUUUGUACAUUAUAAUAGAUAAUUGAACUAAAACACACAGUUGCUGUAUAGUACAUGUUGUAUGUGGUGCCUCACAUCAAACUCAAUGUAGUGAUGUGAUGAAGGGACUGGAUGGGAAUGUCAAAUGGUGACCCACGAUAUUUCAUUGUUGUCGUACAGUGGUAUCUCAAUAUUAUAUUUACAAUAUUUCAUUAUGUAGGCAGUUCACUAGUUUAAAUUUACAGUACCAAAUACAGAACCCUUCCACUAGUACUAUUAGUUUUGGAUUUCAAUGCACUGUUGAAAUGUUAUUAGUUUUAGAAAAAGUUUCAAGAUUGACCAUUACCUUUAUUUAUGCUCUGCAAAGCUGUUUGUGCUGUUCUAUUAAACUCAUUUAAUUGAACUAAAUGUUCAGUACGACUCACUGUUUACUCUUGUAUCAGGAGAUUAAAUGUUUGUGAUUUAGUCGUUUACUUUUUUCAUUGCAACAUAUUUUGAAAUUCGUAAUGAGCAUUUUUAUACUAACAAAGUCGGUGACCCAUCUUUACAUUUUGUCAUGUGCAAAAAUGAAACUAUUGGUCUGUCUUGUAGCUUAAGAAAUGUGUUUAUUUACACAAAAUUUGAAUACACACACGACUGUGCUCGUAUAUAUUGUGAAAAUUAUUUGUAUUACCAUUUCUCUGUUAAUAUUUGGGUGUAUAAAAUUUUUUCCAAAAUCAGUAUCCUUAUGUAAUUCACCUCGUUUUACUACGCAUUUCAUAAAAGCGUGCUACUGUAGCUUUAAGAAUUUUCAGAUAAAAUAAUCAUUUAAUGUUCAUAUUUUAAGGUCAAAUUUCUCUUUAUCCCAUCUUGUGGAGACGUCUAUUUUUAUACAUUGUACAGUCCUGUUUGUUGCAGGACUGAUGAGGAGUUCCACGGAACUGACUGAUCCCGUCCACUUUUUUUAGCUUCAUGAAGUGUCUUUCUACAUACAUUUUGAGCUUGAUUGUACAUAAUGUUUGCGAAAACGUUUUUAAAUAACCUUUAUUCAUUCUUUAAAAAAAUGUUAUUUAAAUUUGGAGAAAUGAAUGCAAUAAAAUGCUUAGUGUUCUUGAACAA